AUGACAAGCUCAGAGACAGCAAGGGCCAUUGUGUUUGUCAGCUUGGUCCUCCUCGGCUGCCUCAUCCGCACCUAUAUCCGAACCGCCAACGGCGAAAAGGAAGAUGAAGUCCACUUUUGGUCUUCGCCGUUCAGUCAACUUGAGCAACACGGCCGUGCUGCGUCUAGUGAGAAAGAAUCCACUUUCACUCUCCCUGCCGAUGGCGCUCAUCGCCCACGCAGCACAAACACCUCGAGUGGCGAAGCGAACCAGGCUGUGUCGGUGCUUGACCAACAACCACCAUGCUAUCCACCUUUGCUCGCCGAGAUUGCAGGCAAGCAAGACAGUCGCCUCGUUACGGCUCAUCCUGCCUCGAUUCAAACCUACAACGGCUCUGAAGUUGACGAAGCAUACGAGGACUGGGCGGCGAUGCACCAUGCACGCGGUGCAGUGUCCGAAGAUGCCGAGACCAGCAUCGACAAUCUGCUGCAACGAAGACAGCUGCACAAAGCUAUGCGAUUGCCAUCCUUGCGUGCCGACUUGGACGCCUUGGACGCCAACGGGCCAGAGACGCCUACCAUCUGGACAGCGCACUUUCCAGCAGCGCAACUCCGACCUUACUAG